GCGGCGGAGGCAGGAGGACCCCCCCCUCCGCCCGGACGCCCGGCUCGGCCGCCGGCGACGCGGGGCGCUCCUGGGUAUUUGCAACUCGCCGGAUCAAGUCUUCGCCAGCGGGGCCGCUGCUGCCGGGAAGCUGCUGCUGGCGGCCACAGGCGGGCACUGGGGCCCCGGACGUUAGGAGCCGCCCCUGCCCACUCGGUUGCCUGAAGCCAUCUCCUCCUCCUGUCCUCGCCUGAAGCCCCUGCCCCCCGGCCCCGGCCCGCUCCGCUCGCUGCCGGACCCUGGCAUGUCAAGGCCUGGCCCGCGCCUGCCUGCCCAGCCGGCGGAACCCUGGCGGCCCCGCGAGCUAGGAUGAGGGGCCAGGCCGCCGCCCCGGGCGCCCUCUGGAUCCUCGGGCCACUGCUGCUGCUGCUGGGGCACCAGGCGGGCACGGCCGCGGGGACGGACGCGGGGCCCGGGGCCGAGCCGUGCGCCACGCUGGUGCAGGGCAAGUUCUUCGGGUACUUCUCGGCAGCCGCCGUGUUCCCGGCCAACGCCUCGCGCUGCUCCUGGACCCUGCGCAACCCGGACCCGCGCCGCUACACGGUCUACGUGAAGGUGGCCAAGGCGCCCUCCUGCGGCGGCCCCGCCCGCGUGCGCACCUACCAGUUCGACUCCUUCCUGGAGUCCACGCGCACCUACCUGGGCGUGGAGAGCUUCGACGAGGUGCUGAGGCUCUGCGACCCCUCGGCGCCCCUGGCCUUCCUGCAGGCUAGCAAGCAGUUUCUGCAGAUGCAGCGGCAGCGGCCGCCCCAGGACGACGGCCCCGCGCCCCAGGCCGGGCCCCCCGGUGCCAGCGACGACUUCUCCGUGGAGUACCUGGUCGUGGGCAACCGCAGCCCCAGCCGGGCCGCCUGCCGGAUGCUGUGCCGCUGGCUGGACGCCUGUCUGGCCGGCAGCCGCAGCUCCCACCCCUGCGGCAUCAUGCAGACCCCCUGUGCCUGCCCGGGCGGGGCCCCCGGCGACCCUGCCUCGGGCUCCCCGGUGCCUCGCGGGGAUGUCUGCCUGAGGGACGGCAUGGCUGGUGGCCCCGAGAACUGCCUCACCAGCCUGACCCAGGACCGGGGCGGGGAUGGCGCUCCAGGCGGCUGGAAGCUGUGGUCCCUGUGGGGCGAGUGCACGCGGGACUGCGGGGGAGGCCUGCAGACGCGGACGCGCACCUGCCUGCCCGCGCCGGGCAUUGAAGGCGGCGGCUGCGAGGGGGUGCUGGAGGAGGGCCGCCUGUGCAACCGCAAGGCCUGCGGCCCCGCUGGGCGCACCAACUCCCGGAGCCAGUCCCUGCGGUCCACGGAUGCCCGGCGGCGCGAGGAGCUGGGCGACGAGCUGCAGCAGUUUGGGUUUCCGGCCCCGCAGACAGGUGACCCCGCGGCCGAGGAGUGGUCCCCGUGGAGCGUGUGCUCCAGCACCUGCGGCGAGGGCUGGCAGACCCGCACGCGCUUCUGCGUGUCGUCCUCCUACAGCACGCAGUGCAGCGGGCCCCUGCGGGAGCAGCGGCUGUGCAACAACUCCGCCGUGUGUCCAGUGCAUGGCGCCUGGGACGAGUGGUCGCCUUGGAGCCUGUGCUCCAGCACCUGCGGCCGCGGCUUCCGGGACCGCACGCGCACCUGCAGGCCACCCCAGUUUGGAGGCAACCCCUGUGAGGGCCCGGAGAAGCAAACCAAGUUCUGCAACAUCGCUCUGUGCCCUGUGGAUGGAAACUGGAAUGAGUGGUCAAGCUGGAGCUCGUGCUCCGCCAGCUGUUCUCAGGGCCGGCAGCAGCGCACGCGCGAGUGCAACGGUCCUUCGUACGGGGGCGCCGAGUGCCAGGGCCACUGGGUGGAAACGCGAGACUGCUUCCUGCAGCAGUGUCCAGUGGAUGGGAAGUGGCAGGUCUGGACGUCGUGGGGCGGCUGCAGUGUCACAUGUGGAGGUGGCACACAGCGGCGGGAACGCGCCUGCUUGGGGCCCUUCUUUGGGGGAGCAGCCUGCCGGGGCCCACAAGAUGAAUACCGGCAGUGCAGUGCCCAGCGGUGUCCCGAGCCCCAUGAGAUCUGUGAUGAGGACAACUUGGGCGCUGUGAUCUGGAAGGAGACCCCGGCGGGAGAGGUGGCUGCAGUCCGGUGUCCUCGCAACGCCACAGGCCUCAUCCUGCGACGCUGUGAGCUGGACGAGGAGGGCAUCGCCUACUGGGAGCCCCCCACCUACAUCCGCUGUAUCUCCAUCGACUACCGAAACAUCCAGAUGAUGACCCGGGAGCACCUGGCAAAGGCUCAGCGCGGGCUGCCCGGAGAGGGGGUCUCCGAGGUCAUCCAGACACUGGUAGAGAUCUCCCAGGACGGGACCAGCUACAGCGGGGACCUGCUCUCCACCAUCGAUGUCCUGAGGAACAUGACAGAGAUCUUCCGGAGGGCGUACUACAGCCCCACCCCGGGGGAUGUACAGAACUUUGUCCAGAUCAUCAGCAACCUGCUGGCGGAGGAGAACCGGGACAAGUGGGAGGAGGCCCAGCUGAUGGGCCCCAACGCCAAGGAGCUGUUCCGGCUGGUGGAGGACUUCGUGGACGUCAUCGGCUUCCGCAUGAAGGACUUGCGGGACGCGUACCAGGUGACAGACAACCUGGUCCUCAGCAUCCAUAAGCUCCCGGCCAGUGGAGCCACGGACAUCAGCUUCCCUAUGAAGGGCUGGCGGGCCACGGGCGACUGGGCCAAGGUGCCAGAGGACAGGGUCACUGUGUCCAAGAGCGUCUUCUCCACGGGGCUGGCAGAGGCUGAUGACUCGUCCGUGUUCGUGGUGGGCACCGUGCUCUACAGAAACCUGGGCAGCUUCCUGGCCCUGCAGAGGAACACGACCGUCCUGAACUCCAAGGUCAUCUCGGUGACCGUGAAGCCCCCUCCCCGCUCCCUGCUCACACCCUUGGAGAUCGAGUUCGCCCACAUGUACAACGGCACCACCAACCAGACCUGUAUCCUGUGGGAUGAGACGGAUGUACCCUCCUCCCCCGCCCCCCCGCAGCUCGGGCCCUGGUCGUGGCGCGGCUGCCGCACGGUGCCCCUCGACGCCCUCCGGACGCGCUGCCUCUGUGACCGGCUCUCCACCUUCGCCAUCUUAGCCCAGCUCAGCGCCGACGCGAACAUGGAGAAGGCGGCCGUGCCGUCGGUGACGCUCGUCGUGGGCUGUGGCGUGUCGUCCCUGACCCUGCUCAUGCUCAUCAUCAUCUACGUCUCCGUGUGGAGGUACAUCCGCUCAGAGCGGUCCGUCAUCCUCAUCAACUUCUGUCUGUCCAUCAUCUCCUCCAACGCCCUCAUCCUCAUUGGGCAGACCCAGACCCGCAAUAAGGUGGUGUGCACGCUGGUGGCCGCCUUCCUGCACUUCUUCUUCCUGUCGUCCUUCUGCUGGGUGCUCACCGAGGCCUGGCAGUCCUACAUGGCCGUGACGGGCCGCCUCCGGAACCGCCUCGUCCGCAAGCGCUUCCUGUGCCUGGGCUGGGGGCUCCCUGCGCUGGUCGUGGCCAUUUCUGUGGGAUUUACCAAGGCCAGAGGGUACAGCACCAUGAACUACUGCUGGCUCUCCCUGGAGGGGGGACUGCUGUAUGCCUUCGUGGGACCGGCCGCAGCCGUCGUGCUGGUGAACAUGGUCAUCGGGAUCCUGGUGUUUAACAAGCUCGUGUCCAAGGACGGCAUCACUGACAAGAAGCUGAAGGAGCGGGCAGGUCAGCUGCCCCGGGCCCCCCUCGGGCGCGCCCUCAAAUGUGCCGAGUGUGGAGCCCUCUCUGCGGCCGACGCCACCUCCGAAGCCGCCAGUAACGCCAUGGCAUCGCUGUGGAGCUCCUGCGUGGUGCUGCCGCUGCUGGCGCUGACCUGGAUGUCGGCCGUGCUUGCUGUCACCGACCGCCGAUCCGCCCUCUUCCAGAUCCUCUUCGCCGUCUUCGACUCGCUGGAGGGCUUUGUCAUCGUGAUGGUGCACUGCAUCCUGCGGAGAGAGGUCCAGGACGCUGUGAAGUGCCGCGUGGUGGAUCGCCAGGAGGAGGGCAACGGGGACUCGGGGGGCUCCUUCCAGAAUGGCCACGCCCAGCUCAUGACCGACUUUGAGAAGGACGUGGAUCUGGCCUGUAGAUCAGGUGAGCGCCUGACAGUGCUGAACAAGGACAUUGCAGCCUGCCGCACGGCUACCAUCACGGGCACGCUCAAGCGACCGUCGCUGCCCGAGGAAGAGAAGCUGAAGCUGGCCCACGCCAAGGCGCCCCCCAAUUUCAACAGCCUGCCGGCCAACGUGUCCAAGCUGCACCUGCACGGCUCGCCCCGCUGCCCGGGCGGCCCCCUGCCCGACUUCCCCAACCACUCGCUGACCCUGAAGAAGGACAGGGCGCCCAAGUCGUCCUUCGUCGGCGACGGGGACAUCUUCAGGAAGCUGGACUCGGAGCUGAGCCGAGCCCAGGAGAAGGCGCUGGACACGAGCUACGUGAUCCUGCCCACGGCUGCAGCCGUGCUGCGGCCCAAGCCCCAGGAGGAGCCCAAGUACAGCAUUCACAUCGACCAGAUGCCCCAGACUCGCCUCAUCCACCUCAACAUGGCGCCCGACGCCAGCCUCCCCGCCCGCAGCCCGCCCUCCCGCCAGCCCCCCGAAGCGCCCCCUGCCCAGCCCCCCCCGCCCCCGCCCCCACCACCCCCGCCGCCUCAGCAGCCCCUGCCCCCACCCCCCACCCUGGAGUCGGCGCCCCCCAGCCUGGGGGAGCCCGGGGAGCCCGCUGCCCACCCGGGGCCCAGCACGGGGGCCGGGACGAAGAAUGAGAACGUCUCCACCUUGUCUGUGAGCUCCCUGGAGCGGCGGAAAUCGCGCUAUGCGGAACUGGACUUUGAGAAAAUCAUGCACACCCGGAAGCGGCACCAGGACAUGUUCCAGGACCUGAACCGGAAGUUGCAGCACGCCGAGAAGGACAAGGAUGCGCUGGGCCCGGACAGCAAGCCAGAAAAGCAGCAGACGCCCAACAAGCGGCCCUGGGAGAGCCUCCGAAAAGCGCACGGGCCACCCGCGUGGGUGAAGAAAGAGCUGGAGCCGCUGCCGCCAUCGCCGCUAGAGCUGCGGAGCGUGGAGUGGGAGAAGUCGGGCGCCACCAUCCCGCUGGUGGGUCAGGACAUCAUCGACCUCCAGACCGAGGUCUGAGUGGGCGGGCGGCGGCCACGCCCCGGGCCACGGAGGAGGGAUGCUGCUCUGCCCGCUCCCGCCACAGGACGGGCACAGACACGCUCACGGGCGGCGGGCAAGGCCCGCGCCCCGGCCUCAGGGCGCUCGGACGGCGGCCAGGCAGAGGCCCGCAGUGCUGGGACCAGAGCCAGACGGGACAGGAGGCAGCGGCCCCGGUGGGCACAGGGCUGCAGAGGUCCGAAGGUGCCUCAGACUCUGCCCUCCUCCGGCCCGGCCCCGGCAGGCGGGCAGGCAGCCGUGGACAAUGGCCAGGCCGGGUGCGGCCAGCAUCCCUGGGAUGCCCACCUGAGCUGCUGCAGCAGAGGACCAGCCUGCUUGGCCUGGCCAGCCUGGCACCGUUUUUUAGACCCCCCCCCCACCCCUCGGGAAGCAGCCAGCCCCCCACACCCUCCCAGGGCCCAGGGGCCCCUCCCCAGACCCAGGCAGAGAGCACAGCCUUCCCACCUACGCCGCCCCAGGGGCAGGACCAGAAGCCCACUCCGGGAAGAAGCAGGG